AGCUUCUGCAGUGUAAAUAUAAGAGUAUGUAUUUAUUUAUCUACAAUAGAUAAGUAUAUAAAGGAUAUAAAGGUGUAGAGUAUGUAUACCAGACAGGCAGGUAGUGCGUAUAGGUAUAAUAAGCACAUGAGAAUAUAAAGGUGUAGCGUAUGUAUAAAACACAGACAGGUAGUACAAAGUUGACACAUUCCAAGCGAUCAGCUUUACUUGGGAAAAGUAAUAACUAAGCAACACAAUACCGUAUCCUCGUACACUAUAUAGCACAUGCAUAUGAAUAAUCAUCUAUAUGGAAACUACUGUAGCUGUUCAUGGUUGUUUAUGAAUACAGUACGAUAAUAAUCAUACACAGUAUCGCACCUAUAUGAAACAAACUACAAGUAUCUGUCGUAUAUAUAGAAACAUACAGUAACAAACACAUAUACGACUAUGAAAUCGAGCAGAAGAUAGUUGGCUAUAUACACAGGUAUAGCCUCUCAGUAUCUAUAUAAACUAUUAUGGGAGUCAUUUCAUCGGAUGCGGAAUCUGAGGUUGAAGUGGUUGUCAAGACAACACGGCGAAGCCGGAAUUCUGGACCUACUAAGUCAAUGAAAGACAUCUCAGACUCAGAGCUCGACGGAGAAAGUGUGGCCAGUGAAGCUGGUUACGAGGAUCAAAGUGAGGACGAGUAUAAUGUUGACGAUGAUGACUCUGAUUUCGAGGCGAAACCUAAGGUUAAAAAAGCUACCGCGAAGAAAGCCAGCAAAGCGAAAGCCGUCAAACACACUGAAGACAGCAUGAUAACAGUCUUGGAUGACGAUUCUGAUCUAGACGAUACCGGUUUUGUCCCGGUAUUGCCACCCAAGAGGAUAACACCGAAGAAGAGCGCAUCGAGCAUUGACUUGGAUAUGGAUGAGAAUGAUGACGACGAAUCAAAGACGGGAACUAUCAAACCUGAUGGGACGGCCGAUGCAGAACCCAAGAAACCCAAGGGUAGACCGAAGGCGAACACGCGCAUGCUGGCCACCAUGCCCGUCAAGAUGUCAGCCAAGCUAAUCCCAGCAGUAAUUUUCGAGCCCUCGGAUGAAGUGGACCUCGAUGGAGAUACGGGCGCGGUCGGGCGGUUUUUUGCACCAUCGGCAGAAGACAACAUGUUCAGACUUGACUUGAAAGGUUAUACUUUCCAGGGACUACCAAGACCUUGCGCCACAUUCAUGGUUAUGAAAGUUAGCAACGGCGAGGCCAAGGUGGAAUCCCUUAUCGACACUUAUCUGGAUCUGGAAUGUAUCGACAGUGUGUACAAUGCCACAGAGGUGUUAAACGGUAACAUAGAUGAUGAUGAGGGCGAUGAUAUGGACGAUGAGAUCGCGUCCGAUUAUGAAAUGAACGGCAACGGUAAAAGGCCGGGUGACGGCAAAUCAAGCAAGAAGACAUCCAAGAAAAUCAAAGUGCUGGCCUCAGAUGAUGUGGCUCCGACGGUGGGGAAAGCGGGCAAGGCCAAACCGAAAGCAAAACCGAAAGCAAAAGCAAAACCGAAAAAGGUUGUGAAAAAACCGACGGCACCCAAGAAGUGAUCUCGAGAAUGAUUCCGUCACAAAAAAAAAUUGUUUCUUUAAAGUUGUGUACAAUUGGUAUAUUUCAAACUCACUAGACUAUCACUGUCCAAAAUGUGAUAGGGCCAACACGCAGCUUUGUAGUUGUGUAAAGGGUGUAUGAUCACCCUGUAAAACUUCAUCUUACACCAUAAAGAUGGCAGCAUUGCUGAUGCUGCCGUUGACAUCCCUGUCACGUACGAGACCACAAUGUGACAAUAUGUUGCAACAUAUCGGUUAUAACGGGUGUAUUCGUGGAAACACAAUUUCACACUCAUAGGCAGUAAAUCGUCCUUUGGAUUUUGUACUUCAUCGAUAGCUUGCAGUAGGUCAAAAACCCAUGU